UACAAAAUUUACUUUGUUUAUCUAUUCACAAAUAUUGCAUCUUAAUCUUUAGUGAGACCGGAAAUACAUGAGAUAGUUUGAAGAAUGACAGCAAAAAAAGUGGUACAGUUUAUUUUAAAAGACAUUCCCGAAUUACAACGGAAAAAUGUGUCCAUCAAAGAUGUUAAACGAGUUGAAGGAAAGAUUAAAGCAUUAGUCUCAGGUGGUUUUAAACAAUUACAAAUCGUUUCAGAUUUUGAUGAAACAUUGACGAAACAACGGAGUGAUGACAACAAAAAAUUACUCACAAGUUUUGGAUUAUUAUAUGCAUGCCCAUCUGUACCUGAAAACUAUAAAAUAGAAUCCCAAAAAUUAUAUAACACGUAUCGACCUUUUGAAUUGGAUGAAACUAUUAAUAAAACGAAAAAAUCAGAAAUUAUGCUUAAAUGGUGGGAAGCAAAAAAUCAAAUACUAAGAAACUUUCGAUUACCACCAGAAGAAUUAGAAACAGUUGCGAAGUCAAACAUAAUCUUAAGAGAUGGUGUUUUAGAAAUGUUUAGAAGUACCUAUGAAAAUAAUGUACCGGUUUUAAUAUUUUCCGCUGGAUUAGGCAAUUCAAUAAAUGCGGUUUUAAAGAAAAAUGAAAUUGACUUUCCAAAUGUUAAGAUAAUAUCAAAUUUUUUGAAUUAUGGUCAAAAUGAUAUGCUGGAAGGUAUUCAACAACCGAUAAUUCAUACUUUAAACAAAAAUGAACAAGCUUUACAUGGAACGGAAUAUUAUGAUUUAGUUAAAUCACGGGGUAACAUUAUUUUAAUGGGAGAUACACUUAGUGAUAUUGGCAUGUCAACGGGAGUACCAAAUGCUCAAGAAAUAUUAAAAAUUGGAUUCGUUUACCAAAAGGAUGACGAAACACUUGAAAAAUAUAGGAAUGCAUUCGAUAUUAUUUUAAUUGACGAUCAAACAAUAAAAAGUGAAAUGGUAAGUCAAAAACUCAGAAGUACAGAAUCCAUUUUAAAAAGCAGUGAUGCUCAAUAUGUUUACCGCUCCACUGUGUCAAUGAUGUCUACUAAAUUUUUAUUAAAUAAAAUUCCAGAGUUAAAAGCAUCACAUGUAAUAAUUAAAAAUCCAGAAGUGGUUGAAAAAAAAAUUCAAGCUUUAAUUGAUGGUGGCUUAAAAAGAUUACAAAUAGUUUCUGAUUUCGAUAGAACUUUAACAAGGCAAAGAAAUGAAGAUGACACAACACCUCUUACAAGUUUCGGACUUUUACAUCUAUGUCCUUCGUUCCCCGAAAGCUCAAAAAUUGAAGCUGUAAAAUUGUAUAAAAAGUAUAGACCAUGUGAGUUGGAUGAAACUUUAAGCCGAAAAGAAAAAUGCGAUAUUAUGUUAAAAUGGUGGACUGAAGAAGAAAAUUUGCUUAGAGGCUUUCGUUUACCUCCUGAAGAAUUUGAAGAAACCGCUAAGCAUUCACACACACAUUUAAGAGAUGGUGCUUUAGAAAUGCUUAAAUUGAUGAACAGUUAUAAUGUUCCCGUUUUAAUAUUUUCUGCGGGUAUAGGCAAUUCAAUCGAGGCAGUACUUAAAGUAAAUAAUAUUAAUUUCCCUAAUGUAAAAAUUGUAUCCAAUUUUUUAAAAUUCAAAGACGGGGACAUACUGGAUGGAAUGACACGUCCAAUGAUUCAUAUUCUAAAUAAAAAUGAGCAAGCUAUUCAUGAAACAGAAUAUUUUGAUUUGGUUCGUGAUAGAGAUAAUGUUAUAUUAAUGGGAGAUGCGAUCGGUGACUCAGAAAUGUCAGAAGGUGUUCCCCACAAUACAGUUCUUAAAAUUGGAUUUGUGUAUGAAGAGGCUGACCAAGUUCUUUCAAUUUUUUGUGAUUCAUUCGAUAUCGUAUUAGUAGAUGAUCAAACUAUGAAUAUACCUUCGACAAUCUUAGAAUUAAUUUCUAAAAAUAUUUAAUA